AUAAAUUCAUGGAGCACAGCAAAAUGAAAAUAUGUGAUUUAGUAGUGUCAAAGUGAGCGUGAGACUUGUGUUUUAUUUCAUCAGAAUAUUAAAACAAUAACAAAUACUUACUCGUAAAUCUUUAAGACAGGUAUAGAUUUGAGUUGUAUUCCUCAAAUUUUCUUGAGUGUUAAAAUUUUCAACACAAACAUUGUCAUAAAUAAAAAUAAUAAAGUUGCUAUAUUUCUUGCAUUGGUGGAAAAUUGACAACUACUAAUCCGGUCAAAAAUAGAUAAAUAGAAUACAGCAGCCAAGUACAUUGUAACUCCAACAUGGGUCCUCCAAAGAAGUUCAAAAAAUAUGAUUCAAGAACAGGGAGUGAUAGAUCAGGCAAGAAAAAGAAGGUUGAAGAAGAGAUGACCAUAGAUUUAGUAGAUGAUGAUAACUCUGAGAAUGUUGGUGUGCCGGGCGCUGCCAUGCAGGAUGCAGAGAAGAAUGAUCAAGUGCCUGAAGAUGAAUUUGGUGCCAAAGAUUAUAGAAGUCAAAUGGCCCUGAAGGCUGACAAUGCAAGCCGUCCUUUGUGGGUGGCACCAAAUGGUCAUAUAUUCUUGGAAGCAUUCUCACCAGUCUACAAACAUGCCCACGAUUUUCUUAUUGCUAUUGCAGAGCCUGUGUGCCGUCCGCAACACAUCCACGAAUACAAAUUGACAGCUUACAGUUUAUAUGCUGCUGUGUCCGUGGGCCUUCAAACAGCAGACAUUAUUGAAUACCUGCAGAGGCUCAGCAAGUGUGCUGUACCUGCAGGCAUUAUAGAGUUCAUUCAGCUGUGUACACUGUCUUAUGGAAAAGUGAAGCUUGUGCUAAAACAUAAUAGGUAUCUAGUAGAGAGCAAACAUGUGGAAGUCCUACAGAAAUUGCUCAAGGAUCCAAUAAUUCAGCAAUGUCGACUGCGUCGUGAUGGCGAUGACGACUUCUUAUCAUCAGCACUGCCCGACAAACCAUCUACUGCACUUAAACCAGGCGAGACCAGUGACAAACCUCCCCCGGCUAACGGCACGGUGCCGGAUGACAUCAGCCAGUUCUACCAACAGUUAGACAAGGAGGAUGACGAUGAUGACGUAACAGAUAUUACCGCUAAUACUGCCGUCGCAUUCGAAGUCGACCCUGAUAAGAUUGAGGUAAUACAAAAGCGUUGCAUCGAGCUAGAACACCCGUUACUUGCUGAGUACGACUUCCGCAACGACAGCAUCAAUCCUGAUAUAAACAUUGACCUGAAGCCCACCGCGGUGCUACGCCCCUACCAAGAGAAGAGUUUGCGCAAAAUGUUCGGCAAUGGACGUGCUCGUUCAGGCGUGAUAGUACUCCCGUGCGGCGCGGGCAAGUCGCUGGUGGGCGUGACGGCGGUGUGCACGGUGCGCAAGCGGGCGCUCGUGCUGUGCAACUCCGGCGUCUCCGUCGAGCAGUGGAAGCAGCAGUUCAAGUGCUGGUCCACGGCUGAUGAUAGCAUGAUCUGCAGAUUCACAUCAGAAGCGAAAGACAAGCCAAUGGGCGCGGGCAUCCUGAUAACAACAUACUCUAUGAUCACUCACGGCCAGCGUCGCUCGUGGGAGGCGGAACAGACCAUGAAGUGGCUGCAAGCUCAGGAGUGGGGACUCGUCGUGUUGGACGAGGUGCACACUAUACCGGCCAAAAUGUUCCGAAGGGUACUCACUAUCGUGCACUCGCAUGCUAAGCUCGGUUUAACCGCAACACUACUUCGAGAGGACGACAAGAUCGCUGACCUAAACUUCUUGAUCGGUCCGAAGCUAUACGAAGCGAACUGGCUGGAGUUACAAGCCAACGGGUACAUCGCGCGAGUGCAGUGCGCUGAGGUGUGGUGUCCCAUGACGCCUGAGUUCUACAGGGAAUAUCUCAUACAGAAAAUAAACAAGAAGAUGCUGCUAUACGUAAUGAACCCAUCAAAGUUUCGCGCGUGUCAGUUCUUAGUUCGUUACCACGAGCGGCGCGGGGACAAGACCAUAGUGUUCUCAGACAAUGUAUUCGCCCUCCGACACUACGCCGUCAAAAUGAACAAACCUUACAUCUACGGGCCCACCUCACAGAGCGAAAGGAUUCAAAUAUUACAGAACUUCAAGUUCAACCCUAAAGUCAACACGAUAUUUGUCAGUAAAGUCGCCGAUACGAGUUUUGAUUUGCCCGAAGCUAAUGUUUUGAUACAAAUUUCGUCGCACGGUGGGUCACGUCGACAGGAAGCUCAGAGAUUGGGUCGUAUUUUGAGAGCGAAAAAAGGCGCGUUAGCUGAGGAGUACAACGCUUUCUUUUACACCUUGGUAUCACAAGAUACUUUAGAAAUGGCAUACAGUCGCAAGCGACAACGGUUUCUUGUCAACCAGGGUUACAGUUAUAAGGUUAUCACAGAGCUAAAGGGCAUGGAUACGGAGCCGGACUUACUCUAUGGUACACGAGAGGAACAAGGCAUGCUUCUUCAGCAGGUACUGGCAGCAUCUGAGACGGAAUGCGAGGAGGAGCGCGAGGGCGGCGUGGGCGGCGGCGUGGCGCGGCGCCCGGGCGCGCUGUCCUCGCUGGCGGGCGCCGACGACGCGCUCUACCUCGAGCACCGCCGCAACAACAGCGGACAGAAGCACCCGCUCUUCAAGAAGUUCCGAUACUAAGCAAGCGAUACCAGUGUUGAUCAUAAAUAUAAAUAACAACAAUGACGGCGGCGGAACUCCAGAAUGGGCGAUAGUCGAGCUUCAAGGCCUUGUCCAAACGAAGAAGGAGGGAAUCACAGAGGCGACAGUCGUCGGCGACUUGCAUUAUUACAAUAGAAACAAGCACCCUGUC